UGCCAUUGAUGUUACUUGAGUUAUGAAAGUUACUUUGCGGUGUUAAAGCGGAGAGCAGCUCAAUCAAAGCUAAAGCCCUCCCAAAGCGGCCUUACAUCUCGUAUGCAGAUGUAGUGGCUUGCUGGAUCCGAUCAUCCGAACUCGUUUGUAUCAGGAAACCGACAGGCCCGACACCAUGGCAAAUGUAAUUUCGAGUACGGUGAAUUGAACAUCCGAUUCAGGAAUCUCCCUCCAAAUUUCGAACGUCUUACGAACUUUUAAAGUUUUAAACCCUAGAAUAGGGUUUAAGAUUCAAGUCAAAGAAUCAGUACUAGAGCAAAAGAAAGCCGAGCGUUGAAGGUCAUAGAUAUGGCAGAAGAAAGCCUGAAAAUUGCUUCAAUUCAAAACCCUAGGGUCACUUGCGAAGGUUCCAGCGUCUUGCUCGACGUUAACGAUGGUGAUCGUCUCGUCUUUGCUCGUCUCUCCACUGCUGCGACUAUAAAAAUUGGGAAUAAGAAGUGCUCCCUAGGGCCUAUGAUCGGUUGUCCAUUUGGUUCUCUGUUUCAAGUCGAAAGCGGACCAAAGGGACCCUAUCUUUCUCGUGUAGUUUCAACUUCAGAAGGCAGUAAUACUCAACGGAAAGAUAAUAGUCAAUUGAAAGAUGAAUUGAAGGACAACCGAGCAAUUAUUGAUGAUAAUACAGCUCAGAGCCUCUCAGGCGAAGAUAUAGAUGCGAUGCGGAGACAAGGUGCAGCAGGUGAUGAAAUAGUUGAAGCAUUAAUUGCGAACAGCUCAACAUUUGAGAAGAAAACAUUGUUUUCUCAGGAGAAAUAUAGACUUAGAAAGCAGAAGAAAUAUGCACCUAGGGUACUAAUGAGGCGUCCUUUUGCUCGAAGUAUAUGCGAGGCAUACUUCAAGAAGCAUCCGGCUAGGAUUGGGUUCAUGCGCAUAGAUGCUUUAUCCCUUCUGCUUUCUAUGGCUAAUGUUGGUGCAUACUCUGAUGUCCUUGUGGUUGAUAUGGUGGGUGGAAUUCUUACUGGUGCUGUUGCAGAACGUUUAGGAGGUACGGGUUAUGUAUGCAAUACAUAUUUGGGAGACACACCAUAUUCUAUGGAUAUAGUAAGAAUAUUCAACUUCAGCGAUGAAAUCAACAGAAGGAUCAUGCGAUCUCCACUAAGUAACCUCUGUUCUUCUAAAAGCAAGACAUCUGAACAUUCUGAAAAAGAAAAUGCCUUGUCUUCAGUCAGUACUGAACAAACAGAUCUUCCAUCUGGAAAUGGGACAACAGAUACUAUUUUGACAUCCAUGCAUGAAACAAACUCUUCUCUAGUUGAUAAACCUUGUAAAUCCACAAAACCUGGGGAGCGUGCAUCACCAGAAAUCCUUGAAUCCUGGAAACAGAAUGGCUUUUCCAGCUUAAUAAUUGCCGCUCCAGAGCUAGAUACAUGGAAAGCAGUUCAAGAACUUCUGCCACUUUUAUCAUAUUCAGCACCAUUUGCUAUUUAUCAUCAAUAUCUUCAGCCCCUCGCCACAUGCAUGCACAAACUCCAAGUCACCAAAAUGGCAAUCGGCUUACAAAUUUCCGAACCUUGGCUACGUGAAUAUCAGGUUCUUCCAUCCAGAACUCAUCCAUGCAUGCAGAUGAGUGCUUUUGGUGGAUACAUUUUAAGUGGAAUGAGGAUAUAUAGUGGUUAAAUUGGCUGAAAGACCAAGUAAUAUUUAGACCUUCGGCUGUUUUCCUUUUAAUUGGGAGUAUUGAGGAUCCGUAGGGAAUGUAGGGGGUAGUAUUGAAUCAAUAGCUAAUUUGAAAAUGCUUCUUGAGUCCAUGUCUUGUAGCAUAUCCAGUUGGGGUGUUGAUUUGGGCAAUAGUUAAGGACAUAUUCUCUUGUAAUACUUUUCAUUUAUACUAAUAAAACAGAAUACUUUUCAUCUUGA